AUGAAAGAGCACGGGUCUAUCUUGUCUCGCCGCCGUUUCAAAAAGGCGCCAGAGGAGUUGGUACCAACACAACCCGAGAUAAAUUGCUGUGGUAGUCACGAAAGCCUUGAUAAGAUUGAAUUUGAGACUGCGACCGCUCCCAAAAAGACUUCGAUAGACAUCGAAAAGGCAGCAGGACUGUCACACAUUCUUCUGAACGUCACUGGAAUGGACUGCUCUGGCUGCGCGAAUAAUCUGACGCGAGCACUUCGGGCCGCGGUCGGGAUCAAAGACGUCAAGGUUACCUUCAUCGGUGGAGUUGCUGAAUUCCGCCUCGACACCGAAAUCAAUACCCUCGACAACGUAAUCCGCAGCGCCCAUAAGGCCACCGGAUAUAAGUUGACACCAUUCUCCUCCGAUACCCAGAGUAUCGACGUCAUUAUGAGUGCGGCGGAAGCAAACAAGUUUCGAGACAACCUACCUCAUGGUGUCGAAUGCUGCGAGAAGCUUUCCAAGACAACAUAUGAAAUCAGCUAUGAUCCAUGCGUGAUUGGUGCCAGAGACUUGCUCGGUGGUAUUGACGGUCAACUUGCUCCUGCCCGGAGCGACUCUUACCUUGACCAAGGGAAGCGCAGGCUCAUUCGAGUGUUUGCUUUGACCACCGCAGCCUUUAUCCUUACAACUCCAGUUGUUGUCCUCGAAUGGGGCCGUCCUUCCGGUGUUUCCGAGCAUACCACUCUGAUCGUCGCCGUGAUCCUUGCCACGCUGGUUCAAGCGAUUGCCAUUUCCGAGUUCUACAUUCCUGCCAUAUCUUCCUUGAUAUACAAUAGAGUUGUAGAAAUGGACAUGCUUGUGGUCAUCAGCAUUACAGCCGCAUAUGUUUAUUCUAUCGUUGCGACUGGUCUCUCCUUCGGAGGCGUUGACCUGGAGACCAAACCAUUUUUCGAGACAAGUACGAUGUUGAUCACAUUGAUCCUGCUUGGUCGACUCCUUGCGGCCUGGGCUCGUAAACGAGCAGUGAAGGCGGUGUCGUUGAGAUCCCUCCAAACAUCGAGGGCCACGCUCAUCGACCAGACCACAGACCAAGCUAUUGAGAUUGACGCCCGAUUGCUUCAAUACGGAGACAGGAUCGCAAUUCUGCCGCAUUCCCGGAUCGUGACCGAUGCUGAUGUACUUGGAGGAGCGAGUGAAGUAGAUGAGUCAAUGCUCACGGGCGAGAGUAUGCCGGUUUUCAAAACCGCUGGAAACUCUGUCGUGUCAGGUACAAUCAAUGGCGGCGGAAGAUUGACAGCCCGGGUAUCCCGCCUGCCAGGGAGGAAUACCAUUACUGAUAUUGCCAACUUGGUGGAACAAGCUCAGAGCUUCAAACCCCGCGUCCAGGACUUGGCUGACAGGGUAGCCGGAUAUUUCAUCCCGAUUGUAUGCACGGCAGCUCUCAUUGUCUUCACGGUGUGGGUCUUAGUUGCACUAAAGGUCCGAAAGCAAUCCGCAGGCGACGCCAUCGGAACUGCUAUAGGCUAUGGUAUUGCUGUGAUGGCCAUCUCUUGCCCCUGUGCGUUAGGGUUAGCAGUUCCGAUGGUUCUCGUGGUCGCUGGAGGGGUGGCUGCUCGUGGAGGCGUGAUUAUCAAAACUGCAGAUAUCAUCCAACGCGGAUUCAAGGUCACCGAUGUGGUUUUUGACAAGACAGGAACGCUCACUGAGGCUAGCCUCGAAGUCGUGCAAGAGUUGAUCUUUCCCACAGACAAAUUUGGCGAAAACACCAUGCUCUCUUUGAUCAUGACAAUGGUGAGGAGCAACAAACAUCCAGUGUCCGAAGCCGUGGCAAAGGCGCUGAAUGCACGGGAAAUACGAGGCGUCGAGAUGGAGGGACCAGCAUCCAUUCCUGGCUGCGGAGUUGAAGCGGAAUGGCAGGGAGUGGUGGUCCGCGCGGGUAACGCAAAGUGGCUCAAGAUCAGCGAGACAUCUCCAAUCAUCGACUUCGCAGCCCAAGGAUUGACGAUGCUCUGUGUCAUGGUCGACGGCGAACUUGGGGCAAUAUUCGGUCUCAAGUCUCAGCUUCGUGAAGGAGCGACUGCCGUCAUUCGAGAGCUCCAUCGACGCAAGAUCGCCGUCCACAUUGUGAGUGGCGAUGGGCGCAGGGUCGUGGAGGGCGUAGCCGCCGACCUUGACAUUCCUAUGGAGAAUGUCGCUGCAGAAAGAACUCCGGCACAGAAGCAGGAGUAUGUUCGCCAACUCAUGGACGCUGGAAAGACCACAUUGUUCUGUGGAGACGGGACAAAUGACGCCGUCGCGGUGGCCCAAGCCGAUGUUGGAGUUCAAAUUGAAUCGUCAUCGGAUGUCACGCGUGCCACGGCGGAUGUUGUCCUUCUUCGCAAUCUUGACGGCGUGGUCAAUUUGCUGGACGUGUCGAAGGCCGCAUUCCGACGCAUCGCCUUCAACUUCGUCUGGUCGGCCGUAUACAACGUGUUCGCCAUCCUACUCGCAGCAGGAGCUUUUGUCAAAGUUCGCAUUCCCCCUGUCUAUGCAGGUCUCGGAGAGAUGGUCAGUGUGUUGCCGGUCAUCGUUGCAGCGUUGACGCAGCCGCAGGUGAAGGCCAGGAACUGA